AUGUGGCACGACGUCAGGACACCGCUGAAUUUAAUACGCGAAAACCCGUGCGGCUGGAACAAUGGCCAUUGCUCUCAACUGUGCUUGCUGGCACCGGCGACGGAGGCGAACGGUCCGCGACUGAACGCCACAUGUGUCUGCGCCGACGGUUAUGUCAGAAACAAAGACCAUCAAUCAUGUCGCGAGGACUGCAACGAAAAUCAGAUCGCCUGCCACGAACCAGCUGUGAAAUGCAUCAGCAAAGUUUACUGGUGCGACGGCAUUAGCCACUGUCUGGAGGGCGAAGACGAAGACGACUGUCCGCGCGCUUUUCCUAAAAACAAUGACCACAAUGGGCGGCGUUUGAAACAAACCGUCUCGGCUGUAACGACGCUGACCGACGGCUUUGUGGCGGCGCUAAUCGCCUUACGCCUGACCUCACCGGACCACGGACACCGACCGAUCGACCGCCUGACCGACAGGCAGGCGGCGAUAUGCUGA